AUGUCCUCGGGUCAGUUGAAGCAAAUGAACUCGAUUGGGCUGCAGGAGAUUGGAAGUCCCUCCAGCAAGGAGCUGGAUGACGCGAAUUUGGCACGCAUGGGCAAGCGCCCGGUGCUGAAGCGAAAUUUUGGACUGAUGUCCAUGUUAGGAUUCAGCUGUACAAUUCUGAUUACUUGGGAAGGAAUUGUUGUAUUGUUCCUGCAAGCAUAUCAAAAUGGCGGACCAGCGGGUGCUGUCUAUGGAUUUAUCUUUGUUUGGGUUGGCGUCGCCUCUACCUUUGUCGUUCUAUCCGAAUUGGCAUCCAUGGCUCCAACAUCAGGAGGUCAAUAUCAUUGGUGUUCAAUGCUUGCCCCACGAUCUAUGAUGAAGCUCUUCAGCUUUUUGACAGGCUGGCUUACUGUGAUCGGUUGGCAAGCGACCUACGCAACCUCAUGUUAUCUAUGCGGCACUCUGAUUCAAGGUCUCAUUGUCCUCACACAAAGCAGCUACCAGCCUCAGAGCUGGCAUGGUACGCUACUUUUCUGGGCUGUAGCACUUUUUUCGGUCGCUAUUAACAGUAUCGGUGGAAAGGUGCUACCACGCUUCGAGGGGUUCAUCCUUAUUCUUCACAUCCUCGGCUUCUUCGCCAUUCUUAUUCCUUUGACAUACAUGGCAGACCACGGGUCUGCAGAGGAGGUAUUCACCCAAUUCUUGAAUCUUGGCGAGUUCCCCUCGCAGGGUCUGUCAUUCUUCGUUGGCAUGGUCGGCUGUAUCUUUGCAUUCGCUGGAGGUGAUGCGGCAGUUCACAUGUCUGAGGAAAUCACCAAUGCUUCAACUGCAGUUCCCACUUCUAUCAUGCUUAGCGUUCUAAUAAAUGGAUCCCUUGGGUUUGGCAUGCUUUUAGCCAUGCUUUUCUGCCUGGGAGAUAUCGGAGAAGCUCUCAAAUCACCCACUGGCUACCCAUUUAUGGCCAUCUUCUUGCAAGCUACUGGGUCUGUCGCUGGUACCGCUGUGAUGGCCUCUAUUGUUACUACCAUGGGCAUUACAACCUCGGUGGGUAUGCUGGCCUCUGCUUCGCGGCAAUUCUGGUCGUUUUCAAGGGAUCGUGGUAUUCCGGCAUGGCGUAUCUGGAGUCAGGUUCACGGUGGCACUGGCGUGCCAAUUUACUCUGUUCUUCUGACUACCUGCAUCGUCUGCCUCCUCGCUCUUAUCAACAUUGGAUCUUCGGUUGCUUUCAAUGAUCUUGUAGCAAUGUCGAUUUCCGGUCUCUAUCUUUCAUAUAUGGUUGUUGCCGGUCUCCUUUUAUACCGUCGCUGCACGGGUGGGAUUAGCAACGCUCGAAGCAGCGAUACCGCCGUUGUCAACACGGUAGGUGCCAAGCUUGUCUGGGGCCCGUUCCACCUGCCUGGAAUUUGGGGUAUUAUCGUGAAUACUUUUGCACUCAUUUAUAUGACAAUAGCUGUCUUCUUCAGCUUUUGGCCUCCAUCCUGGGCAGUCACCGUUCAAACAAUGAAUUUUAGUAUAGUGGGCACAGUGGGCGUGAUUUUCCUCAGUUUAAUAUACUACGUGGUUCGGGCGAAAGAUGUGUAUGAUGGCCCUAUCGUGGAAAUUGAUUACUAG